AUGCCGAAGCUUUCAAGAUUGGCGGGCUUGGCGGCUGUGUCAUCUCUGCCAUUGACGCUCCUGCAGUCUCGACGGGGUCUCUCCUCCGGAGCUUUCUCGCCGCAGACUUGCGUCUGCGAAGGGCAUCGCCAAGGUGGCACGUCCCUGUGCUCGGCCUCGGCCUCCUCCGCCUCCUCCUCCUCCACUGCAGCACCAGCGGUACGGAGGCGGCUGCCGGCGAGCGCUGCCCAGGUCGAGGACUUCGUUCGUGAAGGACCCCUCUACCAGAAGCUGCUGCUUUGCUGCUCUCCACCUCACAGCUCUGAGUGGCUGAGGCAUGGUGAGGUCUUGGCAGAGCGGCUGGGCCCUGGCGCGCCGGGAUCCACGGAGGAAGAGAAGAUAGCUCGCCGCAUCUACCACUUCUAUUUGCCCGUCUACUACUGGAUGCGCCACCAGAUGGCCGAGAUCCGAGCGUCGAGAGAGCUGAGGGGCGAGCCGGCAGAAGCGAUCUGCUUUGGCCUUUCAGCGCCUCAAGGCUGUGGAAAAACCACAAUGGUCACUCUGCUUGAAGAGCUGUUCCGUUUGGACGGCCUCAGCUGCGAGUCGCUCUCGAUCGACGACUUCUACCUCCCUGCCAGUUGGCAGGAGGCGGUGUCGGAGCUCCACUCGGAGAAUCCGCUGAUUCAGACUCGGGGGAAUGCGGGGACGCACGACGUGCAACUGGGCACCCGAACCCUGAAGGCCCUCAGGAGCCGCAAAAACACCGAGGUUGCCUUGCCCCGGUAUGACAAAUCGGCAACUUCUGGCCGUGGUGAUCAGGUUCCGCAAGCGAUGUGGAAGCGUGCAAAGACACCUUGCGACGUGCUGCUCCUGGAGGGCUGGAUGCUGGGUUUCAAGCCGACGUCGGACCCCGAGGCCGUUGCCAUCCACCCUGGCCUUCGGCUCGUGAACGCGAAGCUGAAGGACUACCAGGCGUGGGAUGACCUCGUCGACUCCUUCUGCGUCCUGGCUGUGGAAGACAUUCGACAGGUCUAUGCCUGGCGCCAGCAGGCCGAGACGCAGAUGAAGCAGACCCGAGGAGCCGGGAUGUCGGAAGAGGAUGUCAAGAAGUUCGUCGACAACUACAUGCCUGCCUAUGCGGCCUACCGUCAGAGACUUUAUGCAUCAGCUGCUGCUGCAGGUGUGGAUGGAAAGCCCUCGCUCUUGUGCUGGAUGGGGCCUGAUCGGCUGCCCUAUGAUGACGAGUCGGAAGCGUAG